AUGGACGAGGAGUAUGAUUGCAUCGUUCUUGGCACUGGCCUCAAGGAGUGCGUGCUCAGCGGCAUGCUGUCGGUUGGUGGCCUCAAGGUUUUGCACAUGGACCGCAAUGGUUACUACGGCGGCGACUGCGCGUCGCUCAAUCUCACCCAGCUCUACGAGAAGUUCAAGGGCAACGCUGCUCCCCCUGCCACUCUGGGUCAGUCCCGCGAUUACAACGUCGAUCUCAUCCCCAAGUUCAUCAUGGCCAGCGGUAUCCUCGUGAAGAUGCUGAUCCACACCGACGUCACUCGCUACCUCGAGUUCAAGUCGGUCGAUGGCUCGUACGUCGUGGUGCAGGGUAAGGUCCACAAGGUGCCCGCCACCGACGUGGAGGCCCUCAAGAGCCCCCUCAUGGGCAUGUUCGAGAAGCGUCGCUGCAAGAAGUUCUUCAUGUACGUCCAGGAAUACGAUGAGAACAACAGCAAGACCCACCAGGGUUAUGACCUUCGCCGCAUGACGAUGAAGGAGCUCUUCGAGGCCUAUGGUCUCGGAGAGGACACCAUCGACUUCGUCGGUCACUCGCUGGCGCUCCACGUCAACGACGAGUAUACCAAGUCUCCCUACAUCUACCCGCUCUACGGUCUCGGUGAGCUUCCUCAGGCCUUCGCCAGGCUCAGCGCCAUUCACGGCGGUACCUACAUGCUUAACAAGCCCGUCGAGGAGGUCAUCAUGGAGGGCGGCAAGGUUGUCGGAAUCAAGUCUGAGGGUGAGGUGGCCAGGUGCAAGUUCGUCAUCGGUGACCCCUCGUACUUCCCCGGCAAGGUCCGCCAGGUGGGUCACGUUGUGCGCACGAUCUGCUUCCUCGACCACCCCAUCCCCAACACCAACAACUCGGAGAGCUGCCAGAUCAUUCUGCCCCAGAAGCAGAUUGGCCGCAAGUCGGACAUCUACAUCUCGGUUGUCUCCUCCUCCCACAACGUGUGCGCCAAGGGCAAGUUCGUCGCCAUUGCGUCCACGACCGUGGAGACCAACAACCCCGAGGCUGAGCUGAAGGCCGCCUUCGACCUCAUGGGUCCCAUCAUCGAGAAGUUCACCUCGGUGUCGCCCAUGCUGGUGCCCACCGAUGAUGGUACCUCGGACAAGAUCUUCGUGUCCACGUCGUACGAUGCCACGUCCCACUUUGAAACCACAUGUAUCGAUAUCCUCGACCUCUACAAGCGCGUGACUGGCAAGGACGCCGAUCUCAGCCCGCCGCCCAAGGCCGCCGAGUAA